AACUAAUGUAUUUGACAUGGUUUCAUACAGUUAGAAGACGCUUCGAGUUUAACUUUUUCUCCUGAGUCGUGUGGUUGAGGUACGUUAACCAAAGUACGUACAAAUUCCAUUGGUCAAUGUCAGGAAGUAGAAAACAUAGUGCAGACAUUCCAACACAGAUUUUCAAAUCUUUUGACUGUACAAAGGAUAAAAGAUAUUUGGCUUCUUUGAGUUAAACAUGUCAGACACAGAGGAACCUGUAAAUGGAGUUGUUCUUAAUGAACAGGAAUCUGAAACACAUUAUGUUAAUGAUAUCUGCCCAGAAGUUGAACAGGACCCUGCCAUUCAGCAAGAUAUGUGUCCAGAUAAAGUGGAAUUAGACCCAAAGGACAUAGAACGAAGAAAGAAAGUAGAAAUGAUUAUAAACAGCCAGAUGUUCCGUGAAGAAUUGGAAAGAAUUUUUGAGUCACAGAAUGAAGGUUACAAUCCUGCCAGCCUAUCAGCUUUACAGCAAGUUCGUGACCUCCUCCUCCCUUCUCGAGGAUCAUCAGCUUAUCAAGUAUCUCGAAACAUAAUUCCAAUCAAUGACAUUCGUGGUGUGGAUUGCCUCAAGUAUGGAAAAGGAGAGAAAUUACUAAGAUGUAAACUUGCUUCUGUUUUCAGGCUUUUAGAUAUGUAUGGUUGGACAGAAAACGUUUAUAACCACAUCACGUUACGAGUGAGUCCAGACCAGGAGCAUUUCUUGCUCAACCCAUUUGGCUUACAGUAUAAUGAAGUCACUGCUGCCUCGCUACUCAAGGUUGACAUGCAAGGUAACGUGGUAGAUCCUGGGACCACUAACUUCAGUUUCAAUAGGGCCAACUUCAUUCUUCACUCAGUUAUACACGCAGCUCGUUCAGACGUGAAUUGUGUUGUUCAUAUUAAGCACCCAGCAUGUGUUGCGGUAUCAGCAUCCAAAUAUGGAUUGCUUCCUACUUGCCAGGAAGCUGCCAUUAUUGGAGAAGUUAGCUAUCAUGAAUACCAAGGGAUUAUUAUUGAUCGUGAAGAACGAGAAUUAAUCAUCAAAAAUCUUGGCCCUGUUAACAAGAUCUUGGUGUUGCAGCAUAAUGGGAUAGUGGUGUGUGGAGAAACCAUUGAGGAAACCUUCAGUAUGUUGCGUCAUGCGAUUACUGCUUGCGAAACACAGGUUCAUCUUAUGCCCAUUGGUUUGGAUAAUAUUCAACUGAUGUCUAAAGAAGAGCAGCAACAAGUGAGAGAUAUGGUGAGGGGUCAGCAGGAGACAGAGAAAGUUCCAUUGUCCCCUGGUGCAGAAGAGAAGGAAAAAACGGAAGGAAAUGAAAAGCUGGUGAAGAGCAAAGUUUGGGACUUGGAGUUUGAAGCCCAGAUGCGUUUACUGGAAAAUGCUGGCCUUAGGACAGGUUAUGUGUUCCGUCAGUUGGUGAAAAGCGAAGAUCCACGUGUGAGGAAUGACAUUGAAGCUCCACCAGCAGCAUCCCUCUCUGGUUAUGUAGAUGAAGACAAGUGGUUAAGUCCUUUGAAGAAGCUAUUGGAAGGUAAAAAGACUCAAGAUAAGCUUCGUUGGGUGAAUUCUCCCAGCAUUCAACAGAAAGUAGAAGUUACAGAAACCACCAUCACUAGUUCCAAAAAAACCAGCAAGUUUGAUCUGGAGAGUUCCCCACCCCACAGCACCCCAAUAAAAACCACCUCACCCCCCCAGUUCCAUUCUCCUGAUGCACAAACAGAGAAUACCACAGUUGAACAAGUAGUAAUGAAUGAUGUGGAAGGAACUCAGACUAACGCAACCACCGUGGUGUACAAUCUAACAGAAGAAGAGAUGGACCAGUACAAGAGGAUAAUGGAGAAAAAGCAAAAAGGAGAAAAGGUGAGUGAAGUUCCAGAGAAACUGAAGCCGAUUAUUUUAGCACUCGAAUCAGGACAAGUAUCUUCUGUGACUGAGGUUGUCACUACUCCUGAUUCAAGGUCUUCGGCUUAUUCUGCAAGUUCUCCAAUGUCAGAUGAUGAUGUGUUCCAAUAUCCUUCUGGGACUCAACUUCAGCGAUCUCUCUCUGAUAAGGUGAAAGUUUCAGUUUCUAAGAAAGCCCACAAAAAGUAUCCUAGACAGUAUGCAUAUUCAGUGGAUCAAGCUAACUAUAGAUGGGAUGGUUCCACCACAACUGGAGAGAAGGUCAAGUCUACAGAAAGUGGUGAGGUGUCAGAUUCUUCCCAGAGCAGCAAAGAGGAAUCAAAAGACUCGAAGAAAGACAAAAAGAAAAAAAGAAGGGGUUAAGGACACCCUCAUUUCUGAAGAAACGUAAAGCCAAAAAAGAAGGAAAAGAAAAAUCAACUUCCUAAAUACUGUUCACCCUUUUGUCAGGGCACAGAAGAAAUCUCCAAAUGCAGGCUCUGAUGUUUUCUACAUUUGAUGUUUGCUAGAAGUCUUCCUGGCUAUUGCUAUUUUACUUUAUGAACUCAUCAGUUCUUGGCCUAUGGCAACUGUGUAACGUGUGUUCUUUAAAGUGUAGGAAAAUAAUUACAUGCAGGCUGCAGUGGAUUUGCUCAUUGUUUUUGUAAUAGUCUUUUAUACGCUUGCUUUUUAAUUAAAAUAUUGUUGUUAAAUUAAUCAUAAACUGUUGACAAGUGACUACAUGCCUUAGUAUAUAAUAAUGUCCAGGUAAGAGAAAUAAGGAAAUUAGUUUUGAUAAUUUUUUUAAGCUUAAAAUGUGUAUUUUCUGUGGAUGGUUGUUAAUAUUUUAAAUGUUUCAAAAAAUGCUGAAGUUGUUUUUAAAUCAAGCAAAUUAUACUACACAUAUAUAUUUACUUUUUAUCUGUUGUUAUGGGGCAUUUUUGUGGUAUCAUUGUAUAUUGUUAAAAAUUUGUUACUUUGGAGUGUUUUCUUAAAAGAAAAAAAUCAAGCUAUACAAAGAACUGGGACAAAAUUAAGUGAAGUUGAAAUAUGUUUAGCCAUUUAAUAUCAACUAUUAAAAACUGGGAUCAGGCCAAGUUUACUGCUGGAGUCAAUCUUAACUGUAGCUUGUCUGAGAUACAAAUACUAGAUGAAAAGACUAACUUUAUAAUGUCCAAAAAUAUCCCUUACAGCUAUUACCCCAUCUGAUAAAACAUUGCAUUCUAACUCUUUAAGUAAGAAUGUACAAACAGUAUAUUUAAUUAGCUAGAAUUAUUAAUGGUUUGAUUUUUACUUUUCAUCUGAAUAAGUUUCUUACUUUGAUUGAAAGUUGAAUGUUAAUGGUGUAAUUUUUAAUGAUAAAACCAAGCAAAGUUGAUAAUUUCAAAUUGCAUAAUUCCAGAAGCAUCACAUAGGAUGAAAUUUCAAACUUGAUCAUAAAAAAAUAAAAAAAGACAAAAAAAAAACUCAGGGUUUUUUAUCUGAAAGGCUUAGAAAUACCUCUAAAUUGAUUUAGCUGCCAUGUGACUAAUGUUCUAAUUUUUUACCUAUCUAGAUAAAAUUUAAAGAAUGGGUAUUGUCAAAUUAUAUGUAUAUAAUCUUCCUUUUUUAAUACAAAAAUACCUUCUUUUUUUUCUAUGGUGUGGUGAUGACAUUGAUACUGCACCGCAUGUUUGAAAAGUUGGGUCUAUAUGAUAAAUUUUUUUAUCUAUACAAUGUUAUCUUGAGCUUAAAAUGCAAAUUUUGGUUGAAACUUUUAUAUGAUCACAUUAAUUUUUUAUCAGUAUCUGUCAGUUUUCAACGUUUUACAGGAUUGUAAUAAGUAAUGAAUGUAUAUAAGAAAGGUCAUGUAUUAUAUUGUACGUGGUACUGCAAAGUCUGCCUGCUUAGUGACACAAAAUAAUUAAUCAGGUGCUCACUAUGUAUCCAUGUAACAAAAGGGAAGGAAACAUUUUUUGGAAAAGUGCCUUGAAUAAUUUGUCGUAAUUUUGUAUUACUUAUCAUGCUUUCCCCAUUAGUCCAAGUGCUUUUAGUUUUCAGUUUCUUAGCUGCUAAGUUAGAAAAAAUGUAAGACGGUGGAAAUAUGUUUUGAAAUAUCUAGAAUAUAAUAUUAUGCUGAAUGAAAAGGGAAUUGAAUGUCAUGUUACUGUCUGCAGUUGGACAUUAUAGCUAGUUACAUAGUUUAAAAUACUCUAAUUUUUUUGUCCCAGCAACUUGAAAAGUAGGCUCAUUUUGCUUAAGUCUUUGAAUAAGGAUAAAAUUAAGAAACUGAAACCCCAAAAAGUUCAGUUGCUAAAUUUUGAUAGUCAAUAUAAAGUGAUGAAAUGCUGUCAUGUUGGUGUAAAAAAAUAAGGCCAGCCGUUAAAUAGUUUUAUGCAACUUUACUGCUUUCUAGUGGGUGGGGGGGACAUUUCAAUGUGCAUGAUAGUGAUUGGCCACAUUUUUUCAGUAUUACUUUUUCAUUUUAGAUAUCAAUAAAGCAAUGAAAGCAUAA